AAAUGUGCAAAGUCAUAGGCCUCUACCACUUCUCUGGGAAUGAGGCCUAUUUAAAGAGAAUCGAAACGGAGCAAAUCCAAAUCACACUUUUUCCUUAUACUAGAAGUAGCUCUCUUUGAGUCCAGCUUUUAUAAAGAAAGCUUCUCUCUGGUCCACAAGGCACUACGUUAUCAAAACUUUUCAUUUCUAGAGCAUACCUUGAAAAGGAAGCCUUCACUCUCAGAUCAUCAGCUAUACAGGCGACAACAAUGGCUUCAAAAGUACCUGAAGAGAAGAAACUUCCAUACGUCUUUCUGGGCAAGUCUGGCCUCAAAGUCUCCAACAUGUGUCUUGGUACAAUGACGUUUGGAGAAUCAUUUUUUGGAUCCCCCGGCCAGUGUGACGAAGCCACAUCUCACCAGCUUAUAAACCGUUAUGUGGAAUGGGGAGGCAAUUUCUUGGACACUGCAGACAUUUAUGGCCGAGGCAACUCUGAAAUGAUCGUUGGCAGUUGGCUGGAAAGACAAAAGAGAGAUAACUUCGUGAUUGCUACCAAGGUUCGUUUCACUAUGGGCACGGAGACUAACGUCAAUAACGUUGGACUCAGUCGACGUCACAUCACCGCCAGCAUCGACAACAGCCUGAGUCGACUUCAUACCAACUAUGUCGACCUGUAUCAGACACAUGGUUUUGAUGACGCCACGCCCUUGGAAGAAACAUUGCGCACUUUAGAUGACCUUGUACGCUGCGGAAAGGUGCGUUAUGUCGGAGCCAGCAACGUGACAGGGUGGCAGCUCCAGAAGAUUAUCAGCACCUCGGAGAAACUGGGUUUAAAUCCAAUAGCCAGCCUACAACAACAAUACAGUCUCGCCAGCAGAGAGUCCGAACUAGAGCCUUUUCAAGUCUGCAAGUCAGCUGGCAUUGGAGUCAUGCCUUGGAGUCCACUCAAAGGUGGGCUGCUUACUGGAAAGGUAAAACGAGGCGUGAAGCCCACAGAAGGUCGACUGGCUUUUGUGGCGGAUAAUGAAAACAAGGCCAUUCAAGCGGCACCCUCCUGGAAGACAUUCGAUGAUCAAAUCUUUGACGUGAUCGAUGCACUCCAGGCUAUUGCUAACAAAUAUGGUCGCAGUGUUCCUCAAGUUGCGCUUCGCUGGCUAUUACAGAAGGAUGUCGUGUCGUCCGUAGUACUAGGGGCAAGAACCAUGUCUCAACUGGAAGACAACUUGGCUGCAGGAAAUGGAUGGUCUCUUACCAAACAGGAGAUGCAGCAGUUGGAUACCUUAUCAAAGCCCAACAUUACAUAUCCUUAUGAUAUGGUAUUUAAGAUGAACGAGGAUCGCCAGAACCCAAAUUCUGAUCAUUACGUUAAAUCUGUUGCAACCUGCUAGGCCAGUGGUCUUUGUUAGCAAUACAAUUGAGAUCAUGAUAUUUGAUCCAAGAAGUUCGUAAAUUCACACACAAGCGGAAAACGAGUUUCAAAAACAAAUAGACUACAAAGGGAGAUAGUGUUGUGAAGAUUCCUUUUAGGCAAUAAUAUUUCUAACAAUGCUUGCUUUUUAUACAUAAUUCUCGCAGUAGAAGGUCAAGAUUGUACAUUUUCUAUUGUAGUUGAUUGUAAAAUAAUAAAAACUUUAUUUAAAUGUGAAUUAUUGUUUUAAACAUACAAGGCAGCGACAUUGUUUAAAGAAACAGAUUAAUGUUAUCAAAUGUGCUAGUUUUGUAAGACACAUCUCUGUAUACUAGAAACGGGAGAUGCGGAAGGAAAAAUAGUUCUCUUAAUUUCGGGCUGAACUGGUGGGUGUGGGCAGGUGUACAGUAAGCAACUUUGAAACUAAAUUUAUUUAUUACGACUUAUGAUUAAAUAAUAGUUUUUUUUAAAUUGAUUUAUAUGUCGUUUCAACGGAAGUGGGAGGAAUAAAGUUAAAAAUUUGCAACAGACAGACAGACAGAGUGAUUUGAGAUAAGCGAGGUAGUAAAAAGAUAUUUACUUUGUUACGCCAAGAAUAGGACAUUGGAAGAUUAUAAAGUACACGCCACAAUUACAAUAAUACUUUCUUUUGUGCACCAAAUUAUUUUGUGUUUAGUGUGAGUGCCACUACUGUAUCAAGUAGGCCCUUAUGUCGGGGUUCCACGAUAUUUGAAAUAUAUCUUUGAAAAAAAAAAUAAAACAUGUUUUUAGAAAACAAAA